GUAUAGCUGCCGGUGUAAAAGACGACACGAUCACCGAUCAACGUGCACAUCCAUCUCCUACCUACCACGCAACGCCACGUGACCAGUCACGCAAUCUAACGGUCCUCAUAUCAGAUCCCCCUCGAUCCAAGGGAUGAGGAUCACAUAAACUAUGGGACAGAGUCGAGUUUUAUGUGAUAUAGUCGUGUUGUUUAUCCGCUCUCGAAAGAACUAAGAAUUCAUAGAAGCUUAAAAACAAGAUAAGAUCAUACGAUAUGGGGUUGGAAAUUAAUGCUGUCUACCUCUCUUAUGUAGUGCACGUUCUGGCGGUCGCCGGAGCGGUGAUGGUUCUGGUUUGGAACAUCCACUUCAGAGGCGGUUUAGCAUGGGAAUCAUCCAACAAAAAUCUCAUCUUCAAUGUCCAUCCUGUUCUGAUGCUUAUUGGUUUGGUUAUUAUGGGUGGUGAAGCCAUUGUAAGCUAUAAAGCUCUUCCCUUCAAGAAGGCUGAAAAGAAGCUUAUACAUCUUAUUCUACACGCCAUUGCCCUGAUUCUGGGUAUUAUCGGAAUCUACAUGGCAUUCAAAAACCACAACGAAAGUGGCCUUGCAAACCUUUACAGUUUACAUUCCUGGAUCGGUAUCGGGGUUAUCGUUCUUUAUGGCGUUCAGUGGAUUUACGGGUUUUUGGUGUUUUUCUACCCGGGUGGAACGGGUGAUCUUAGAAAGGAGUCACUUCCAUGGCACGUGUUGUUUGGGAUGUUUGUAUACAUCUUGGCUGUUGCAAAUUCAGCACUUGGAUUCCUUGAAAAGUUGACAUUCUUGGAGAGUUCAGGAAUUGACAAAUACGGUUCCGAGGCAUUUCUUGUUAAUUUCACUGCGAUUAUUGCGGUAUUAUACGGUACGUUUGUACUGCUGACUGCACUUUCACGUGCUCCUGCUGAAGACCACCACAGUUAUUCUGCAAUAUAAAAUGUGUUUAUAUAUAUAUAUAUAUAUAUAUAUAUAUAUAUAUAUAUAUAUAUAUAUAUAUAUAUAUAUAUAUAUAUAUAUAUAUAUAUAUAUAUAUAUAUAUAUAUAUAUAUAUAUGCGUGACUGAUGUUAUUGUUAUACAUGCUUCCAUACCAUAUGAGGUCGUUUCUGUAUAUUGGGUACAUGAAGGUGUAUUAUGAUAUGUAUUUAACUAUUUAUAGCCCUUUGUGUUGGGUGUAAUUACUUUUCGGUUUA